UUGGUGUUACUGCUGAAAAGGACAGAGCCGCCCUGGACUAGGCUAUGAGCGUGUCCUGGGCAUUUGGGUGGGGAUCCGUAGGCAGUGCAUUUGAACUCUGGAACAACCUGAUCUUUCAACGCCUCCUGGCCUUGUUAAUAGGCUCUAACGUGUGGCAGCUCAGAAUGAUGGAUCAAGCCAGAUCAGCAUUCUCUAGCUUGUUUGGCGGAGAACCAUUGUCAUAUACCCGUUUUAGUCUGGCUCGGCAAGUAGGUGGCGAGAAUAGUCACGUGGAGAUGAAACUAGCUGUAGAUGAAGAAGAAAAUGUUGACAAUAACAUGGGUAAUUGUUCCAGUGUCACAAAACCUAAAAGGCUUAAUGGAUUUAUCUGCUAUGGGACUAUUGCUGUAAUCAUCUUUUUCUUGAUUGGAUUUAUGAUUGGCUACUUGGGCUAUUGUAAACGUGUAGAACCAAAAACUGAAUGUGAGAGAACAGAGUCUCUGGGGAUAGAUGAAACAGAAGAACCUUCUGAAACGGAAGAUUAUAUCCCUGAAACACCUCGUUUAUUUUGGGUGGAUCUCAAAACAAUGCUGUCAAAGAAACUGAGUACCACGGAGUUCACCAGUACCAUCAAGCAGCUGAAUGGAAAUUCAUAUGUCCCUCGUGAGGCUGGAUCUCAAAAGGAUGAAAGCCUUGCUUUUUUCAUUGAAAAGCAAUUCCGUGAGCUUAAACUCAGCAGAGUCUGGCAUGAUGAACAUUUUGUUAAGGUUCAGGUCAAAAGCAGCAAUGCUGAAAACUCGGUUACCAUAGUGAGUACAGGCAGUGGUGGCAUGGUAUACCUGGUGGAGAAUCCUAAGGGAUAUGUGGCGUACAGUAAGGCUACAACAGUUACAGGUAAACUGGUCCAUGCUAAUUUUGGCACUAAAAAAGACUUUGAAGAUUUAGAGUAUCCUGUGAAUGGAUCUUUAGUGAUUGUUAGAGCAGGGAAGAUCAGUUUUGCUGAAAAGGUUGCAAAUGCUGAAAGUUUAAAUGCAAUUGGUGUCUUGAUAUAUAUGGACCAGGCCAAAUUUCCCAUUGUUAAUGCAGAGCUUCCACUCUUUGGACACGCUCAUUUGGGAACAGGUGACCCUUACACACCUGGAUUCCCUUCUUUCAAUCAUACUCAGUUUCCACCAUCUCAGUCAUCAGGAUUGCCUAAUAUACCUGUCCAAACAAUUUCCAGAGCCGGUGCAGAAAAGCUGUUUUCAAAUAUGGAAGGAGACUGCCCUUCUUCUUGGAAAACAGAGUCUUCAUGUAAGCUGGUAACCUCCCAGAAUAGAAAUAUAAGGCUCACUGUAGAAAAUGUGCUGAAAGAGACAAGAAUUUUUAACAUCUUCGGAGUUAUUAAAGGUUUUGAAGAACCAGAUCGCUAUGUUAUCGUAGGGGCCCAAAGGGAUUCCUGGGGUCCUGGAGCUGCAAAGUCCAGUGUAGGAACAGCUCUUCUGUUGGAACUUGCCCGAAUAUUCUCUGAUAUGGUCUUACAAGAUGGGUUUAAGCCCAGCAGAAGCAUUGUGUUUGCCAGCUGGAGUGCUGGUGACUUCGGGGCUGUUGGUGCCACUGAAUGGCUAGAGGGCUACCUUUCCUCCUUGCAUUUGAAGGCUUUCACUUACAUUAACCUGGACAAGGCUGUUCUUGGCACCAGCAACUUCAAGGUUUCUGCCAGCCCAUUGUUGUAUUCGAUUAUUGAGAAAACGAUGCAAGAUGUGAAAAAUCCAAUUACUGGGCUGCCUCUGUGUCAGGACAGCAACUGGGUCAACAAAGUCGAGAAACUUUCUUUUGAUAAUGCUGCCUUCCCUUUCCUUGCGUAUUCUGGAAUCCCAGCAAUUUCUUUCUGCUUUUGUGAGGAGACAGAUUAUCCUUACUUGGGCACUACCAUGGAUGACUAUGGUAUGCUGAGUAAGAAAAUUCCUCAGUUAAGCGAAAUGGUGCGGACAGCAGCAGAAAUAGCGGGUCAGCUCAUGAUCAAACUUACCCAUGAUGUUGAAUUGAACCUGAACUAUGAGAUGUAUAAUGACAAAAUACUCUCAUUUGUAAGGGAUAUGAACCAAUUCAGAACAGAUAUAAAAGAGAUGGGUCUAAAUCUGCAAUGGCUAUAUUCUGCUCGUGGAGACUUUUUCCGUGCUACUUCUAGACUAACAACAGAUUAUAAGAAUACUGAGAAAACAAACAAAUUUGCCAUGAGAGAAAUCAAUGACCGUAUCAUGAAAGUGGAAUAUCACUUUCUCUCACCCUAUGUAUCUCCAAGAGAUUCUCCUUUCCGGCAUAUCUUCUGGGGCUCUGGCUCUCACACUCUGUCAGCUUUGCUAGAGCAUUUGAAGCUGCAUCAGAAAAAUAACAGUGCUUUUAAUGAAACACUGUUGAGAAACCAGUUGGCUUUAGCAACUUGGACUAUUCAGGGAGCUGCAAAUGCCCUCUCUGGUGACAUUUGGGACAUUGACAAUGAGUUUUAAAUGUGAUACACAUAACAAGAAUAUCAAGGGUAGUGUUCUAGGUUUCUAGAAUUGUACUCAUUUUGCUAAAUUUUCAGUAGGGCCACAAAACCUAAUAUUGUUACAAUUCUACCCGAUCAUCUUGGUGUACUACUAGAUGUCUUAGGCAGCAACUUUUAAUACAGGAUGGUAGGUAUCUGCACUUCAAGUUAAACCACGUAAAAAUGUUCAUGAUAGGAUAUUUUCCCUGAUUAUCUAGGAUUUUAAGUGCUUUGUAAUGGUAACUGCCUCUUUCUUGUUAACAGUCAUGAAAAAGUCAGAACCAGUAAUGUGAACUAUGGCCCUAAAUCCUAGGACAUGAACUGGUGUCUGAAUGGGAGGAGUGGGCGUAACUGCUGAAAGUUAAAAUUGUAGCUUAGUAACGAUCCUCCAUCUUCAUUUGAUGCUGGAUAGCAUAUAACAGGUUGUAGAGCUUUGAUUUUCCAAAUGGAAUUUAUUCGCUUAAGGAUUUAACUGAUUUCCACAUCCGUGAAUGAAACAGUUAACUUUAAGAAGGGAUGGGAAUUGUCUUCCUGCCAGUGAGGUCUGAAAUAGAGGGCCUUCAUUCAGUGGAUAAAAGGAAGUUCAACUGUUCAUCACAGGAGUAAGACCUUAAUGUGUUGACUUCAAGAUUCUUUAUGAAAAGAGGAGAGCAGAAGCCAAAGACCUAGUAUAUUUUCCUUUAUCAUCCCCUGCCCCAUGAGAUUUUAUUUAGUUUUUUUCCCCCAGUAUUUUGGAAGAGAACUAGCUUUAGGUUGUUGAAUUUCAAACUCAGUUUGUCAGACUUUAAAAAACAUGCUGCCAAAUUAGCCAAAGUGUUAAUUUUUGGGAAAGCUUUCUAUCAUUUUGGCACUGAGAUAUUUAUUGUUUAUUUAUCAGUGACAGAGUUCACUAUAAAUGGUGUUUUUUUUAUAGAAGAUAAUUAUCGGAAGCAGUGCCUUCCAUAAUUAUGACAGUUAUACUGUCGUUUUUUUAAAAAUAAAAGCAGCAUCUGCUAAUAAACCCGAACAGAUACUGGAAGUUUUGCAUUUAUGGUCAACACUUGGGCGUUUUAGAAAACAGUCGCCAGCCAAAUAAGAUUAAAGCUGAGUAUUGGAGAAGAAGUAAAUUUAAUUAGAGGUUGCUAAUCAAAGUUAGGCUUACAUUUAGGCAACCAAAUAAAAGUGACAGUUCUCCUAAAUGCAGCGAAUCAUGACCAAGUCAUUAAGUUAAUGUCACUUAAAGGUGACACUGAUAAUCAUAUAUGCAAAAUUUUAUAGCUCAAUAUAUCCAAGGUAUAACUUUAAUUCAGAAUUUGCAAAAUUUCCAGUACCUUUGUCACAAGCCUAACUCAUUAUCGGGAGCAGUGUCUUCCAUAAUGUAUACAGAACAAGGUAGUUUUUGCCUACCACAGUGUCUAUAUCGGAGACCGUGAUCUCCAUGUUACACUAAGGGUGUACGUAAUUAUCGGGAACAGUGUUUCCCAUAAUUUUCUUCAUGUAGUGACAUUUUCAAAGCUUGAAGAUCGUUAGUAUCUAACAUGUAUUCCCAGCUCCCUGUAAUUCUUUUAGUUUUAGUUACAGAAAAAUUUUUUGGUCAUUAAGCAUUUGGUGGGUGAAUUCAACCACUGUAAAACAAAAUUACUUCCUUCAAGAUUCUUUGCUUUUAAACCUAAUGUAGUGUUUUAUUGUAUUUGUGGUUUCUCCGGGUCUUUUUAUCAGGAUAGUAGCAUACACUUACAAGGUUUGUUGGUGACAGAUAAAUUUAACCAUAUCCCCUUAUUUGCAUGUUAUCUCUUAUAAUUUAGUUCAUACAAGUUUUAAUCCAGAACUGACCUUUUAGCUUAAAGCAAGGGAAACUUGUAUAGGAGGUUUGGGGGGAGGGAGGAGUAUAGGGUGUGGGGAGGCAAAGCUUGCAAAAGGAUCUCUGAUCGUGUCUACCUUCUCAUUAGUAUAUGGUGAUUUUAAGUUAAAUACAGUUACUGUGAAGAAAUAGGUUUGAGGCUACAUGAGUAAGAUGUUUCUAGUCAGCCAUCGUUAUAAACCUGAUCAGUUGUUUAUUAUAAAGUUGUUCAAUAUAUCACCUAAGAAAAAGUCUAUAGGGGUCUCUAAUGAUUCUUAGUGUCACUUACCUAAAUCAAAAGAGGUCAAGAUUAUUACAUCCUCACUGAAUUGUUUUGCUACUCACAGUUCUGUUUAGUUUCAGUAUUUUAUCUUGAACUGAUACUUAGUAUAGUAAAGUGAAAAGGUCAUAGCUGGGAUCCCUAGUUUGGGUAUCAUGCUUUAUCAUACUUUAAUAAAACCUCAGUGACUUCAAGGCAUGAUGUGAGUAAUGGGCAUACAUUUUAGCAGCAGUAAAUCUCUUCUAAAAAGUUUUCUGUGGUUAGGGUUAUUUCUACUCAAAACAAGCCAGUAACUGGUAAGAGCCUUAAAUAUUCCUGAAUGAAAUGUGUAUCUGACUAGUGAAAGCCUGCUGGUCUUCAGAUUUUUUUUCUGGCUAUCGUUAUCAGGUGUAUGGUAAAGGUAAAAUACAAAAUGAGUGAGCUCUGUCGUAAUUCGCUGUUGUUGAACUUGGAUGACCUACCUAUACUGUGUUUCCUCUUUGAAUGUUCUUGAAAUGUUAUUUGGCUAAAGAUGGCUUGUUUAACUUGCCGAUCAACUGCUCAGCUAUCUUUAUAAACAAAUGAUAUGCCCUUAUAAUUGUACACAUGCUGGUAUAUAUGCAACAGUAUGGGGAUUGCUUACCUGAUUCAAUAAAAUGCUUGAACACUGA